AUGACUCGGGGCGCUCUUAUUGUUAUGGAAGGCCUCGACAGGGCGGGGAAGUCAACUCAAUGCGCAGUCUUGGUGGAUAAGCUGCGUGAAAUGGGCUACAAGACGAAUUACAUUCGCUUUCCUGAUAGAACGACUUCAAUAGGCAAAAUCAUCGACGGAUAUUUACGGGGAGAAGUUCAGUUAGAAGACCAUGCCAUCCAUCUCCUUUUCUCCGCGAAUAGGUGGGAGUUGGCAUCGCGGAUUCACGAAGACAUCUCCAACGGCAUAUCCAUUGUUAUUGACCGAUAUUCUUACUCUGGCGCGGUUUAUUCGGCAGCAAAGGGGAAUAAGGACUUGUCGCUGGAUUGGGCAUGGCGUCCCGAAAUCGGGCUGCCUAGACCCGACAUGUGGUUCUUCCUCAAUGUGUCACCGGAGGAGGCGGAGCGGAGAGGUGGCUAUGGUCUGGAGAGAUACGAAAAUGUCACCCUCCAGUUGCGAGUCGGCAAGCUAUUCAAGUCGCUCCAAGGAAUGGAGAAUAAUGAGGAGAUGCGCAUAGUUGACGCGAAUCAAUCCAAGGAGGAGGUUGCUCAACAAAUUUUCGAACUAUCCUCGGCAGCGAUUGGCCAGAUAGAAGGGCCGUUGAGGAAACUUGGAAUAUGA